AUUUCUCGCGGUUUUCUUUCUUGACCAAUCACGUUUAACCUUGUGCUAAUUCGGUAUUUUGGUGGCCAGUUUAGUGAAACAUAACCUUCGUUGAGUCAAACCUCUUUUAUUAUUAAUUAUUUAAUCGCUUGUAGUUACAAUUUAUCGUUCAUAAAAUGAAAAAAAAGAUCAUUAGUGAUAAUUAAUUUAGUGAUAAAAAAUAAAAGAGAAAAAAUACCAGAAUUAAGAAAGGAAUUAAUUAAGUUUGUGCAUUUGCAACAAUCAUUUUACACGAUGUUACGUGUUUAUACAAAAUUAUGUGCUAUCGGAGUGAUAAAAGGAAUCAACUAAUUCUGUACAGAAUAUUAUCGUAAUGUCAUAUCAAAAAAUGAUUUUCUUCAGAAUUUUGAAGACAAGUAAAUGUUGAAAGUAAAAAUAAUUGAUAAUAUCAAGCAAAUGCGAUCAUAUUUAACCAGAUUUCCAACACUGAAGUUAAAACAUGUCCAUAUUAGAGACAAAAAAUGUCUGUUGAAAACAAUAAAUACAAUUCUGAAAGAUGGACAUAAUGCUUUGCAGGUAGUUACUGAUUUUGACUUGACACUAACAAAACAACAUGUUAAUGGAAAAAAAGUUCUCAGUAGUUUUGGGAUAUUUAGUAAAUGCAAGCAGCUUCCUGAAACUUACCGAAAAGAAUCCAAUCGCCUGUAUAAAAAAUAUAGACCAAUUGAGAUAGAUCCCACAUUACCAGUUGAAAUAAAAGCAGAAGCAAUGACAAAUUGGAUGAUAGCAGCAGAAAAUAUAUUAAAGGAUAUACCGUUUGAUCCAAAAGAAAUAUCAAAAGUAGUCAAAAUUUAUGGAUCAGAUUUAAGGGAUGGUACUAAAGAACUUUUUAAAAAACUGCAUUCCGCUGGAAUUCCGGUACUCGUUUUUAGCGCUGGCUUAGGGGACGUUGUUAAAGCUGUUUUAAGAACCCAAGGAGUUUUAUUUGAUAACGUGAAGGUUAUCUCCAAUUUUCUCAAAUACAAAGACGGAAAAAUAGUAGGAUUUGAGAAUGAAAGACUAAUUCAUGUUUUUAAUAAAAAUGAACAUACAAUUGAACAAGAGUACUUGAAAGUUCUUGAAGGAAGAAGAAACGUUUUGUUAAUGGGUGAUACUACAGGAGAUGCAUCAAUGGUGGAUGGGAUGGGAGAUAUAGGUGCAGUGAUAAAAGUUGGUUUUCUUUAUGAUCAUAUUGAAAGUAGUCUGUCCUCAUUCAUGGAAAAAUUUGAUAUUGUUUUGGUUGAUGAUCAAACAAUGCAAAUUCCAAUUAAUAUUCUAGAACCACUACUAUAAUGUAUAUUACUAAUUAUAAUUUAAUUAUAUAUAUAUAUUUUUAUUUAUAA